GUCGGUUUUGCUUCCUCUGAGCCGACUAGCUUGCUCCAUACGACUUUCUGAAAAGUCUCAUUACUCCCCCCAUUACACACACAUUAAACCGGGACAUGUUCAUUAAUCCUGCACAAACAAACAAACAAACAAAACACGCUGUUGGAAUUUAAGAGAAAAAAAAACAAACAAACAAGAUCUCGUGCGACGUCUGGAUUUUAAAAAACCGGCGCGUGACCCAGGAUCUCAACGUUGAAGAAUUCCUGCAGGCUUCCCGAUGGAUCGCACGUGUGUGAGCGUCUGAUCCAACCUCUGAUCUCAUGGCUUCUCUCUCGCCCUGACGUCUUGGUUUAGCCAGGAUCCAAAAUGAGCAUAAGCAGCGAUGAGGUCAACUUCCUGGUGUACAGAUAUCUACAGGAGUCGGGAUUCUCUCACUCAGCGUUCACGUUUGGCAUAGAGAGCCACAUCAGCCAGUCGAACAUCAACGGUGCACUCGUUCCCCCCGCAGCGCUCAUCUCCAUCAUCCAGAAGGGCCUGCAGUAUGUCGAGGCCGAGGUCAGCAUCAACGAGGAUGGCACGCUCUUCGACGGCCGCCCGAUCGAGUCUCUGUCCCUCAUCGACGCCGUGAUGCCCGAUGUGGUGCAGACACGUCAGCAGGUGUACCGCGACAAGCUAGCACAGCAGCAACAGGCCAUACCGGGGACAGCAGGCAGCGCCGGGACCAAGAACGGAGAGAGCGCUGCGAACGGAGAGGAGAAUGGCGGGCACGUCUUAUCUAAUCACCAUUCGGACAUGAUGGAGGUGGACCGGGCGGUGGAGAUCCCGGCCCAUAAGGCCAUGGUGCUGCGUGGACACGAGUCUGAGGUUUUCAUCUGUGCCUGGAAUCCGGUCAGCGACCUGCUCGCGUCAGGGUCUGGAGACUCGACGGCGAGGAUCUGGAACCUGAGCGAGAGCAGCUCAGGAGGCUCCACCCAGCUGGUGCUGCGCCACUGCAUCCGUGAAGGAGGCCAGGACGUGCCGAGCAACAAAGACGUCACCUCACUGGACUGGAAUAGUGAGGGUUCACUGCUAGCCACCGGCUCCUACGACGGUUUUGCCAGAAUAUGGACUAAAGAUGGUAACCUUGCCAGUACUCUAGGCCAACACAAGGGACCUAUAUUUGCUCUCAAGUGGAACAAGAAAGGCAACUUUAUCCUCAGCGCCGGUGUCGAUAAGACCACAAUUAUUUGGGAUGCACACACCGGAGAAGCCAAGCAGCAGUUUCCAUUCCACUCAGCUCCCGCUCUUGACGUGGACUGGCAGAGCAAUAACACGUUCGCCUCCUGCAGCACAGACAUGUGCAUCCAUGUGUGUAAACUGGGCCAGGACCGGCCGGUCAAAACAUUCCAGGGUCACACGAACGAAGUGAACGCAAUCAAGUGGGAUCCCACCGGCAGCCUCCUGGCCUCCUGCUCCGACGAUAUGACGCUAAAGCUUUGGAGCAUGAAGCAGGACACGUGCGUUCAUGACCUGCAGGCCCACAGCAAAGAGAUUUACACCAUCAAAUGGAGUCCCACCGGACCUGGAACCAACAACCCCAACGCCAAUCUCAUGCUGGCCAGCGCGUCAUUCGACUCUACGGUGCGGCUGUGGGACGCCGAGCGUGGUGUCUGCGUACACACUCUGACACGGCACCAGGAGCCCGUCUACAGCGUAGCUUUCAGCCCGGACGGCCGCCACCUCGCCAGCGGCUCCUUCGAUAAAUGUGUGCACAUCUGGAACACACAGAGCGGCGCUCUUGUAAACAGCUACAGAGGGACAGGCGGGAUCUUCGAGGUGUGCUGGAACUCCACCGGUGAUAAAGUGGGAGCGAGCGCAUCAGACGGAUCGGUUUGUGUAUUAGACUUGCGGAAAUGACUCUGCCAAGGGGGACGCCAUGCAUCGACAAAGAAUGUGCAGCUCGCCAAAUCCACAGACUCUCCUCACACGACCAAUAAAAUCAUCCACGCCCCCAGGAUCCAAUUUUUUUUCUUUUUUUGUUAUUAUAGAUUCACUUCCCCCUUUCCGCCAUAUCAAGAGUCAGUCUGCGACAGAUUUACAUCCUCGGUGAUGCGAGCAGCAGAAAGUGUCCUGAUAACACACUGAACACGAAGCGGUUUGAUUUUUUUUAAUCAGUCUGAUGAAGGCCAUUAGGUCAGCGAUAACGAUUCAGCGUAUUGAACGGCUUAUUGUGUGUAUAUAUAUGUGUGUGUGUAUGUAUGUAUGUAUGUAUAUAUAUAUACACACACACACACACACACCAGCUAUGCAACGUUAACGGCUAGACAAAACAAGUGAGUCGGUUCCUAAGAGACUUAACGAAAUUAUCGCCAAGACGACGUUUGUGUCUGAUCUCCGUGUCCCUGGCUAGCUGUAACAGUCAACACAGUUCGGGUUUCGUGGCUUCUUCCCGGAAAAAAAGUUCACAGGUCCACAGUGAUUAGUGGUCAUGAAUGAAUGAUCUCUAAAUCAGAGUAAAUUCGGUUUGCGUACUAAAAGGUUGGAGUUGUUUUUUUUGUUUUUUUUUUUUAUAAACGUGAACGCGACUACAACUACAUCUCCGAUGACGACGUGGAAUUUGCGCCCCGGUGUUCAUCUGAAAGCCGAAAAGAUGGUUCUCGUCCGAAGUUCUUAAGAACAACCAUCCGAGUUUCUUUUAUAAAAUACCAUUAGACAGUCAUAGGUUAUUUUUUUUUUUUUUUCUUUUUUAAACUCCAGAAGCGAAAGGACGGACUGCGGAGACGUUUCUUUCCUGCACUUUAGAUGGAUGCAAAGAACGCAAAGAAAUCCGUCCGAGCACUUAAUUCUGGAUGCGCCUUUUUUUUUUUUUUCUUUUUUUUUUGUAUCACGUGUAUUGACUUGAACGUUAACUAAGUUCUCUAGGAUGCUCGUCUCCAACACUUUUGGCAUCCCGAGUAUUUUCGCCUACUACGACUCUUCACGUUAUUUCGUCGAAUCAUAAUUCGCUUGAUUUUUUUUUCUUUCUUUCUUUUAUUUUUUUUUUUUCCGUCCAGAAUGUGGCUAAAAUUUUUGUAAAGAGAUGAGUAUUUUGAUGCUUGCUUGAACUAAUCGAUACUACAUAGAUUGUACCAUAAAGACGCCUAUUUAUUAUAUUGUCUAUGACAGUGGAAUGGUAUUUUAUAACGUUUUUGGUUUUAAAGACACGCUUUUUUACGGCGAAUCCUCCUUUCCGGGCUCGGCGCUCCUCGCCUCGCCGUGUUUGUUUUUUUUUUGUACUCUUUUUUGGAAUCUUUUUGUAAUUCUGCUUUGUUUGUAGUCAUCUGCGCGGAAAAAAAAAAAAUAUCUAAAAAAAAAUACAUAAAAAAAAAAUUAAAACAUUUUUCAAAUACAGGGCAUAUCGUUUAAAAUAAAAAAUAAAAAAUAAAAAAAAAUCGUGGACCAUGUAAAUAAAUACCUGUUCAACUCACUCGAACCCUCUCUCUCUCUCGCUCUCUUUUUCCCCCCCUUUCCUUCACUUCACUUUGUGUCAUUUUUUGACCUAAAAUAUUCCCUCCCUGUUGGUUCCCCCCCCCCCCCGCUCACUUUCUUGCAA